CUUUGUCACUCUGACACUGACGUUUACGUUUCGUUAGUCUGCGGUAAUAUUUCAUCUUAAUGUGGAAAUUUUAUAAAUAAAUAAGAACAUGAAAAUUAAUGUCCAAUUUUAAGCUGGAAGACCUAUUUAUUUAUUUAAUUUCCAUAUUUUGUUUAUUGUGGUUACUUUUUAAACUUCACUAUCAUCCUCUUUAACCAUUUUACGAUAUUUUGUGUCAAAAACUUUGCGUUAAACGUAACGUAAUUAUAUUGGUUGGUAGGUGAUUUGCUUGCUCGAUUUAAUUACAUAGUAUUAUUAUCAUAUUUUAUCAACCAUGUUUUCAUAAACAUUCCCAGCUGAGUGCCCCCUGUCUAUCCGCGUGUGUUAUUGUUAUCAGUAGCGUGUUUAUUCGCGAUCGCGCCGGACUCCCGCAUCGUGCGACCGCGGUCGCGACGUCAUGACCAGCGUUUUUUGUUAACUGAAUUCAAUUCAAAGCGAUUUUAGGGCACAUUGACUACGAAAUUACGAAACCAGUGGUAGCCCCACUUGUAGAAGCACUGUUUGCUCACAAGCAAAUCGUCAGAAUUGCGCCUGCUUCCCAUUCGUAUUAAAUUUAAGUCCAGAAUGUCAAGUAUUAAAAUAAGUUUUGCGUUAUUAUUUAUUUACGGUAUUCUCGCUCAAGAUUCUUUGGGCUUAUCGCCGGUUAUCUUAAUUCCCGGAGACGGCGGCAGCCAGUUGGAAGCGAAAUUAAAUAGGACCUCAGUAGUUCAUUACAUAUGUGCCAAGACAUCAGCUGAUUAUUUCAAUAUUUGGCUAAAUUUGGAGUUGCUGGUGCCAUUUGUGAUAGACUGUUGGGUGGACAACUUGAGGUUGGAGUACGACAAUGUGACGCGCACCACUCGGAACCCUGUGGGCGUUGACGUGCGCGUCCCAGGCUGGGGCACCCCGGAGCCUGUGGAGUGGCUCGACCCCUCACAUGAUAAGUCUGGGGCAUACUUCAACAGUAUUGCUGAUGCUCUUGUCAAAAUAGGAUAUGUCCGAAAUGUGUCCAUAAGAGGGGCACCUUAUGAUUUUCGUAGAGCACCAAAUGAGAAUGCAGAGUUCUUUGUUAAACUAAAGACCUUAGUGGAAGAUACCUACAACACCAACAACAAGACAUCUGUGACGCUGCUGGUGCACAGCAUGGGCGGCUCCAUGGCGCUGCACUUCCUGCGGCUGCAGCCGCAGGCCUGGAAGGACCAAUACAUCCGCCGCCUGCUGUCACUCUCCACACCCUGGGGAGGGGCUGUGAAGGCACUUAAAACUUUUGCCAUUGGCGACGACCUGGGGUCCCGCGUGCUGCGCGAGAGCGUGCUGCGCGCGCAGCAGGUCACGUGCCCGUCGCUGGCGUGGCUGCUGCCGUCCCGGCUGUUCUGGAAGCCGCAGGAGGUGCUAGUGCAGACCGACAAGUACAACUACACCAUCAACGAUCUGCAGAAACUGUUCACCGAUAUGAACCUGCCGGACGCGUGGGAGAUGCGCAAGGACACGGAGCAGUUCUCGACGGACUUCAGCGCGCCGGGGGUGGAGGUGCACUGCGUGUACGGGUACAACAUCUCCACCGUCGACAGGCUGGUGUACAAGCCGGGCUCGUGGCUGGACGGGCGGCCGCUGCUGGCGGCGGGCGACGGCGACGGCACGGUCAACGCGCGCUCGCUGGCGGCGUGCGAGCACUGGGCGCGGCGGGUGGGGUAUACCACCAGCACCACCACCCUCAACAACAAGCCCGUCAAGGCGCUGCCGCUGCCCAACGCCGAGCACCUCGACAUCCUGCACGACCCGCGCGUGCUGGACUACGUCGCGACCGUCAUGCGCCGCCCGUAAAGGUGAAGCCGCCUGUGGCGCGCGCUUUGUACGGACUCUACGUUCACUUUUGGCGGAACGGCCCCUUGCCCCCUCAUAUAAUAAAAAAUGCCAAAACGCAACGUGGGGUUGCCGGAGAGCGUGACGCGAAGACGCGAGAGGUCGAUGCCAUGUUUAUACUCGAAAUAUCUGGUCUGACAUUUGGAACGUAAAAACAUAAAAAAAAAAAACCAAUUUAUUAUAAGACUCGGUCAAAAAACCAGUUACGUCCACUGUUUCGUGCAAUGUUAUGAAAAAGUUGUAUUAAUUGAAUAGGUAAAUGAGUUUUAGUAUGAUAGCUUAAGCGAGGCGGUGAGUUUAACUUCGGCAAUUUUAAUCAGCUUCUAGAAGAGCACAGAUUCAAUAUUGUAUUCUAAAACAAUAUUGAUAGGAAAGUGGUUUAAUGAAACUAGUUUUUUUUUUCUAUAAAAUAGUGUUUGGAGUUUUUAAGAGUGUCUCGAUGAGUAUUAGUUGCCAGUAGAGAAAAGUACAGUCAGCAAUAAAAGAUUGUGCCAAAAACGAAAUUUUAGCUAAAAACUUAUUACUUAUAUCUUGGAAACUUUGCGUCUUAGUGACAUGACUACUUACUAACUUACACAAAACGAAAGCAAAUGUGCUUCAAGUUUAAUUAAGUCAAUUUUUUGUAUAUCUUGAAUAGUUUUCGAUAUACGGAUAUCACAAAUACUAUACAAUAUAUCAAAAAACUUGACUACAUAAAACUUAUAACAAAUUUAACUAACUUUAAUUUUAUGUAAAUGGUCAUGUCGCUAAGUUUCCGAGAUAUAAUCGAAAAACUGCCUUUUGAUACGUUCGCCUCCUAAUUAGUCGAAACAAAGUUACGAAGUCAAAAAUUGUGUUCCCUCUAUAACUUAUUUUUUAGCAUUCGUUGCCCGGCCUAUUAGAGAUCUACUGAUAUUAGAUAUAAGAAGUUUAUUUUUGUAUAUUUAGCAUCAACGUCAUAUGGUCCUGUGCAAUGACUAGUCAAUCAAUUCAUUAUGAAAUAUGUCCGUUUUAGCUUAUGCUUCGGUAUUGUAAUAUUUAUAUGCAAUAAUCGUAUUAAAUCAGGGUACUUUUAUUAUUGAUGCUCUCUAACGAAAUGAGAUUUAUUUUUGUUGAUAGGAGAAUAAUUUUAAUAGCUCAAUUUACCAUAAUAAUGUUUCUGCUGCGUAAAAAGUGUUUUUUUUUUUUACUAAUUCAUCAAAUAUAUAAUUGUCUGUCCCCGCCCAAGCGAUCGGGGGCGCGGAAAUAGAAAUGAGUCGUACCCAUCUAUCACUGCGGGCCACUGACGGGAAUAAAAAUACUCUAUAUAACAUAUAAUUUAUUUAUACAUAACUUACCAUGCCCUACUCUCCCCAGGGGCAACUAACGGGAAUAAAACGUACUAUCUGUGGGAACAAACCGAAGUUUAAUUUGGAACCUUCCAAAAUAAACUUACCAAUCAAUACCUAUGGAUUGCUAAAAUUAUUUUCGGUGUACAUUUUUUUGUGUGGCCUGGCUUUGCCGACCGAGUCAAUAUUGCUAUCUUUUAACACAAAUUAAAAUAGUAAACCUAAAAUAAUAUAAGUAUUUACCUAUAUACUUAUCAAUUCACUUCUGAUUAAUUUUUAUACCAUUCCAUUGAUUUAUGAUAGUGGUUCAUAAUAAUUGUUAGCAAUUUCUAUUUACUUACAUAGAUAAUUAUGUAAGUAACUAUAUAUUCACGAUUAAACUUUGACGUAAAUAUCACACGUGAUACUCGUUUAUUUUUAAAGUUACCAUUGUCUUACUAUAGCUAAGUAUAAGUAAUUGUAUAAGUUACGAUAGGUUUGUAUAUAGUUUAUUUAGGACUCGAACUGUACUAAAGUAUAUUUGUAAAAUGGUCUUGCCUUCCUAUAUUACUUGUAAGGAUUAUAUUUUAAACAAUUGAAAACCUUUCAUUGUUUCGUGUUACCCGUUAAAAGUUGUCUAGACGGGACUACCCGCUAUCGCUGCCAAUGGAUUAGCGACUAAUGUCCAAUGACUUAAGGUUUUAUUUGGCGAUCCAAGGGAUAACUUAGUUUUAAUAUAACAGUACUGUUAAAUAAAAUAUGUGUAAUAAAGCUAUUUAUUUUAUAUUUUUGAUUUGAUUUGAUACUUUGUUCUUUUUACUGUAAGUUCUCGGCUGUGAUAAAUAUGCUCCAUUGUUGUGAGACUAUCACGCCAAUAUAAUGUGUUUAUAUUUGGGUAAUAUUUUUGUGGACUCUCUCUCUCUCUCUCUCUCUCUCUAGCGCGCGGACAUUGUCCACUGAAUAGACGAAAAGUCCAAACUGUGAAGGUUAGCUUGAGCCUCCAUAUUAGAGCCGUAUACCAUAAAGUAAGUUCGCCGAUCUGUUAAAUAAAAGAAAUUAAAUAAAUAAACAAACAAAAA